AUCGGCUGCAUGUGUGAUAUCCUCCCGAGUCUUGUUAACUUAACAUCGUGGGACAUCAUGGUCAACAAGAUAUACUGGAUUAUCAAAGUGUGGAGUGUGUGGCACAUCUGUCUGUUUCAAUGGAGUUCCUGUGUCAAAUGUCCCAUGCCUUGCUACUGCAAAACGGGAACAUUUGAGAAGGUAGCCAACUGCAGUGGGCUGGAAGUAACGUCUGAAGCCAUAGGUACCCUGUUCACAGAUCUACCCCCUCAGACAACGAAUCUGUACAUCUACGAUAUGGACAUCGAAGGGUUUCCUGUACAUCAAAGGUUAUCGUCUCCUGCACUGAGAACACUACACAUCAAAUCCGGGAGGAUGCACUCUCUGCGUCAAGGACUACGGUUUCUAUCCGCUACAGUUAAAGCAAAUUUAGCGGUUGUAAAUCUUUCCGGAAACAAACUGACAGUUCUUCUCCCCGAUGACUUCCUCAACUUCACGAAUCUGGACACGUUAGACUUGAGCAAUAACAGAUUGGAUAAAAUAUAUUCCAAUGCCUUUGCGGAUUUACCAGCACUGCAAGAACUUGAUUUGUCGAAUAACCCGAUCUCAAACCAACUUAGAAAUCACAAAAUAUUCAAUGGUCUUCACAAUCUUGUGACACUGAAACUAAGAAACUGCUCCUUGUCUUCAGUCCACGAGAGGGCGUUUUCACAGCUGCACAAUCUUGAAUAUUUGGAUUUGGAGCAGAAUGCUUUCCAGGCACUUCCAGUGAUGGCACUUAGCAAGAUUCCUAAACUCAGAGGCCUAUACGCUCGAUACAAUGGCAUCCGGGAGUUGCAUGCCACCACCGCCAGCCUCCGAAAUCUUGCCUAUCUCUAUUUAUCUCACAACAACAUAUCAAAAAUUCAUCCAUCAGCGUUAGGUGGUCUGGAGAAACUCAGAGAAAUUUAUAUAGAAGGGAACAAGCUCAAGACUCUCCCCCAUCAACUUCAGAUGACAUUCCACUACCUGGACAAAGUAAACCUCCUCGACAACCCCUGGCAGUGUGACUGUAGGUUGACCUGGCUGAGGAACUGGUAUGUUAACAAGUCCUCCAGUUAUUCAAGCCCGGUCUGCGAGUGGCCAGCUCACAUUGCCAUACGAGACAUUCAUCCACGGGAUAUGCGGUGUCCAUUAAAUAACGUCUCCCUACACGUGGCAUGCCACGUGACCGCCUGGGCAGGAGGGGAUGCGUGUCCACUGUGUCCAGCAUUCAGCAGAGUGGACAAAGGAAAUUCCUGUGCUUGCCUUCCUGGAUACACACAAAACCACACCGACGUCUGUAGUCCAUGUCCACUGGGGUUCUACAAAGCUAGCUCUGGUUCCAGCCCAUGUGUGUCAUGUGACGAGAGGUCAAGUACUAUUACUACCGGGUCAGACACGUGUGUCUGUUCACCAGGCUGGACAAUGCGUCGGGGCAGAUGUCGAGAGUGCCCUGAAAACACGUACAAGUCCCAGUACGGGCUCCACGCAUGCCUACCCUGUCAGGAGCACGCCUUCAGCCCAGAGGGCAGCACUGAACCGGAAAUGUGUCAGUGUCUGGAUGACGCAGGCAGACCGAUAAAGGACAUCACCACGUGCAAGGCGCCAGUACGGCCAUACAGAGUCACAG